AUAGUACGCUCAGAGCGGCGGACAGACCAAUCAGCGCACUGUGAGGCAGACGUGGCUGCUAAGCUGUUAUGUAGUUUGUGGUUCUGUUUGUGUCUCCCGGAGGUGUCCCCGGCUGCCAUCAUCAGUGUCCCUUGUGCUGCCCGGCAUGGAAUCCUUCUGCAGCUAUGACGGCAGCGAGCGCUUUUGGGAUUCUAAUCUCACCUGGUAUACAGAAAAUCCAGAUUUCACCAAGUGCUUCCAAAAUACAGUCCUGAUAUGGAUUCCAUGCAUCUACCUCUGGUUCUGCUUACCGUUCUACUUUGUAUACCUCCGGAAAAAUGACCAAGGCUACAUCCAAAUGUCACACCUCAACAAGGCCAAAACAGCUAUAGGUUUCAUCUUAUGGCUUGCCUGCUGGGCAGAUCUCUUUUAUUCAUUCUGGGAAAGGAGCCAGAGUAUUUAUCGUGCUCCAGUAUAUGUUGUGAGCCCAACUGUACUUGGUAUAACAAUGCUGCUAGCUACUUUUUUAAUCCAGUAUGAAAGAAUUAAAGGAGUACAGUCUUCAGGUGUAAUGUUGAAUUUCUGGAUCGUUGCGUUGUUGUGUGCCAUAAUAAUCUUCAGGUCCAAAGUUCUACAUGCCUUAAAACCGGAUGCUCAGAUAGAUGUCUUUCGGGACACCACAUUCUAUAUAUACUUUUUGCUGGUGUUGGUGGAGCUUAUUCUUUCAGCCUUUCCAGACCGGCCACCUCUGUUUUCUGAAAGAGUCAAUGACCCUAACCCUUGUCCAGAGUCAAGUGCAUCCUUCCUUUCCCAGAUCACUUUUUGGUGGAUAAGUAGGAUGAUGGUUCAGGGAUUUAAGCGGCCAUUGGAAGCUAAAGAUUUAUGGUCCUUAAACAAAGAAGACAAAUCAUUGGAAGUUGUACCUGUCCUAUCCAAGAAUUGGGAAAAGGAAUACAACAAAGCCAAAGCCAAAAAGGUCCCAUUGAAAAUGGUGUACUCACCCAAAAAGCAAACCAAGAAACUAAACUCAAAGGAGGACGUCAGAGAGGAGGCAGAGGCUCUCAUUGUUAAACCAGCCCCUAAGGAAUUGGAGCCAUCAUUGCUUAAAGCACUUUACAAAACCUUUGGUCCUUACUUUUUCAUUAGCUGUUUCUUUAAAUUUUUUCAUGAUGUUUUGAUGUUUUCUGGACCUCAGCUCUUACAGCUGCUCAUAAAGUUUGUUGGUGAUAAGGAUGCCCCCGAUUGGCAUGGGUACCUAUACACAUUUCUGUUGUUCUUCUGCGCCUGUCUUCAGACCCUCAUCCUUCACAAAUACUUUCAUAUCUGCUUUGUCACUGGCAUGAGGCUGAAAACUGCUGUUGUCGGACUUGUCUACCGCAAGGCUCUGGUCAUCAACAACUCUGCCCGUCGCACUUCCACCAUUGGAGAGAUUGUUAAUCUAAUGUCUGUGGACGCACAGAGGUUUAUGGAUUUGGCCACUUACAUAAACAUGAUAUGGUCUGCUCCACUUCAGGUUAUAUUGGCAUUUUACUUGUUGUGGCAGAACCUGGGUCCAUCUGUGCUAGCAGGUAUAGCUGUCAUGGUCCUGUUGGUUCCUGUAAAUGCAGUGAUUGCAAUGAAGACUAAAAAGUAUCAGGUGGUCCAGAUGAAGUGCAAAGACAACAGAAUCAAGCUAAUGAAUGAAAUUCUAAAUGGUAUCAAAGUGCUUAAGCUCUAUGCCUGGGAAUUAGCCUUUAAGGAAAAAGUCCUUGGAAUCAGAAAGGAUGAGUUGAAAGUCCUAAAGAAAUCUGCAUACCUGGCUGCCGUCGGAACCUUCACCUGGGUCUGUGCACCUUUCCUGGUUGCUUUAUCUACAUUUGCAGUUUAUGUUCUGAUUGAUAAACAAAAUGUCCUGGAUGCCGAAAAGGCCUUCGUUUCUUUGGCCUUAUUUAAUAUUCUCAGGUUCCCGCUGAACAUGUUGCCUAUGGUUAUCAGUAGCAUGGUGCAGGCGAGUGUGUCCCUGAAGCGCCUAAGAGUGUUCCUGUCACACGAAGAACUGGAACCAGAGAGCAUCAUCAGAGAACCACAAAAGAGCUCUGAAGGCAGUAUUAACAUGAAGGAUGCUACGUUUUCCUGGUCUAGAAAUGAUCUUCCCUCACUGAAAGACAUUAACAUUUCUAUACCGGAGGGGUCCUUGGUUGCUGUUGUUGGCCAAGUGGGGUGUGGGAAAUCUUCCUUGCUGUCAGCACUGUUGGGGGAGAUGGAAAAACAAGAUGGAUAUGUGGCUAUGAAGGGGUCAGUGGGUUAUGUUUCUCAACAAGCCUGGAUACAGAAUGCAUCUCUCAAAGACAAUGUCCUGUUUGGGAGAGAAAGCAAUGAAUCUAUGUACAAAAAAGUGAUAGAAGCUUGUGCCCUGCUACCUGACUUGGAGAUCCUACCUACUGGGGACCGAACCGAGAUUGGAGAAAAGGGGGUGAAUUUAUCUGGAGGGCAGAAGCAGAGAGUGAGCCUUGCCCGUGCAGUUUAUUGUAACACGGAUAUCUAUUUACUUGAUGACCCUUUAUCUGCAGUGGAUGCCCAUGUGGGGAAGCACAUAUUUGACAAAGUAAUUGGGCCUAAAGGAAUGCUUAAAAAUAAAACUCGUAUUCUUGUUACCCAUGGUGUAAGUUACCUGCCUCAAAUGGACUCCAUCAUAGUAAUGGUUGAUGGGAAAAUCACAGAAGUCGGAUCAUACCAGGACCUCUUAAUGCAAGAUGGAGCAUUUGCUGAAUUUCUUCGUACCUACGCCAAUGCUGAACAAAAUAAGGAUCAAGAAGCAAACACAACAGAAGUUGAAGAGGAGGAAGAAGCACCAAGUCCAGUCCCUUCAGAAGAAAAACGUUUGGAGAAUGGAAUUUUAAGAAAUGAAAGGAAUUUACAGAGACAAUUAAGUGCAUCCUCUGAAACCAAGUCUUUGAAUCAGAACAAGACAGGAGAUUUAAACAGCUCAGAAAAAGAUGAUUGGAAACUGACUGAAGCAGACAAAGCCAAAACAGGAAGGGUAAAGCUGGCAGUAUUCUGGGAGUAUAUGAAAGCCAUCGGACUGUUUCUUUGCUUCCUAAGCAUUUUUCUUUUUAUGUGCAACCAUGUUGCAUCUUUGGCCUCUAACUAUUGGCUUAGUCUGUGGACAGAUGACAAGGUUGUUAAUGGGACACAACAAAAUACUACAAUGAGGCUGAGUGUUUAUGGAGCUUUGGGAUUCUCACAAGGCAUUGCAGUGUACGGAUAUUCUACGGCUGUAUCCCUAGGAGGGAUUCUUGCAUCCCGGUUCCUUCACACAGAUUUGCUGCACAAUGUCCUGCGGUUUCCUAUGAGCUUCUUUGAACGGACCCCAAGUGGGAAUCUUGUAAACCGUUUUUCAAAGGAAAUAGACACCAUUGACAAUACCAUCCCUCAGAUCAUUAAGAUGUUCAUGGGGUCCCUGUUUAAUGUCAUCGGUGCAUGUGUUAUCAUUCUAACUGCAACCCCCAUAGUCGCUGUAAUCAUUCCACCCCUUGGUCUGGUUUACUUCUUUGUACAGAGGUUUUAUGUCGCCACGUCACGGCAGCUGAAAAGACUCGAGUCCGUCAGCAGAUCUCCUGUAUAUUCACAUUUCAAUGAGACUCUCUUAGGAUCCAGUGUCAUUCGAGCUUUUGGGGAACAGAAGCGCUUUAUACAGAUCAGUGACUUUAAAGUUGAUGAAAACCAGAGGGCUUACUACCCUAGCAUUGUCUCUAACAGGUGGUUGGCAAUCCGUCUGGAGUUUGUUGGCAACUGCAUCGUUCUUUUUGCCUCUCUCUUUGCUGUGAUUUCUAGAACAACGCUUAGCCCUGGACUUGUUGGACUUUCUGUCUCUUACGCUUUACAGGUCACUACUUAUCUGAACUGGCUGGUACGAAUGUCUUCUGAACUGGAAACAAAUAUUGUUGCAGUGGAGAGAGUGAAAGAAUAUGCUGACCUCAAGCAGGAGGCUGCAUGGACUGUUCAAGAGACUGCACCAGAAGCCACAUGGCCACAUGAAGGGAAAAUUGAGUUUCGUGGCUAUGGCUUGCGAUACCGUGAAGAUUUGGACCUGGCUCUUAAAAACAUAAAUGUUACUAUACAGGGAGGAGAAAAGGUUGGAAUAGUUGGCAGAACAGGAGCUGGAAAAUCCUCUCUGACACUGGGCCUGUUUCGCAUAAAUGAAGCUGCUGCUGGGGAGAUAGUCAUAGACGGGUGCAACCUAGCCAAAAUUGGUCUUCAUGACCUCCGUUUCCGAGUCACUAUUAUCCCACAGGAUCCAGUCUUGUUUUCUGGGACCCUGAGGAUGAACCUGGAUCCAUUUGACAAGUACACAGAUGAUGAUAUCUGGACAUCUCUGGAGCUUGCGCACCUGAAGAGAUUUGUUGCCAAUCUCCCUGACAGACUCAAUCAUGAAUGUGCAGAAGGAGGGGAAAAUCUCAGCAUUGGCCAACGGCAGCUGGUGUGCUUGGCACGUGCUCUUCUCCGAAAGACCAAAAUCUUGGUGUUGGAUGAAGCCACUGCUGCGGUGGAUUUGGAAACUGAUGGACUAAUUCAGUCGACCAUAAGAAAAGAGUUUCAAGAUUGCACAGUUAUAACCAUUGCACAUCGACUCAACACCAUCAUGGAUUACACAAAGGUUAUAGUCUUGGACAAAGGACAAGUUGUGGAGUUUGAUUCUCCAAGCAACCUUCUUCAACAACAAGGAAUUUUCUUUAAUAUGGCCAAAGAUUCUGGCCUAGUGUAAUUUCUGUAGUACUGUUUUCUCAUUUUUUGGGAUGAAAUGCACUUUCUGACAAGAAGAAGACUCACUGACCAAGUGUUACUGAAAUGUGUUCUGAAACAAGACUUUCCACCACAUCUGUACAGAAAUGAUUGUAAGCACUCACGUGCAUUUACUUUACCUUGGUUUGAUCUUUUUGCAGAACAACUUGAUGCUGACUGGAAUUUUUCAGAUAUCCUAAAUUAUUUAAGCCACCACAGUCCCCUGCAUAUCAUGCAGUUAUGCCAAGUUCCAAUUUCUGUUUUCUGUAUAGAUUCUGUUGAGUUGGUUUCACCUGCCCACUGAAUGUAAAACUGUGCAUCAGUUUCUGGUGUGGGUCGGUGAGCCAUCAGAUGCUGCACUUCUUCAUUUCUCCUGUCGUUUCAUACUUUGAUGUAACUUUGUAGAUAUCGAGGGUUGGAAUGACAAAAAUAGUUGUACUGUUUUGUGCUAAACCUGCAUUGCUAAGCUAUAGCUGUUAUGAUGUUUGAAGAUCACUUGAGUAGUAGUUGAGCAGCGCAUGCCUGGACAGUUUCCAUGCCCUUACGUAUACAGGGACAUGUUUUAUUAUUGUUGACUUAAAUUAUGGUUAAUGUUUUUCACUAAUGGGCAAUGCGACUAUGAUUCUUUCCCUUCCCUAAUUCCAAGCAAUUCAAAAUGUAAUGCUUCGUGCCACAUUAAGUUUUGUUCUUUUUGCCUUUAAAAGACCUCUGAGGAAAAAGGUGGCCAUUAUAGCAGCUUAAUAGAUGCCCAGAGCCUGGCCUCAGAUUUCAAUACGUCACACAUUGAAGAUGCCUGGAUACCCAGUCAAGGUUGUUUUACUCACGUGGAUCCUAACAGGUUGUCAUACUUGGUCCAGUUUGCAAAAGCCACUAAGAUAAGAGAACCAAGACAAAGGCACGAAGAUAAUUUUGCAGUUCUUCACUUUUCUUACACUUUCCAUGUUGAUUAAGUCAGAAUACUAUUAUUCUUCUCAUGGAUGUUCUGUAGUAUAAUGGCUGACCUGCUCAAAGAAUGGAUGGCUGAUAUGAUAUGCGGCAAGUCUGACAACUGUGGCCCUUAAAGAGUGGUUUGUUUAUUUUUGCUGUGGAAUAAUGUAUGUAAAGCUCUUCACAUAAAGCCUCAGGAAAAAAACACCAUUCUUGCUAUGGAGUUCAAAACGCUAUAUUUUUCCACACAAAUGCUAUUUUACUAAACAGCUAUUAUUCAUAUACUGUAAAGGGCCACUAAAAUAACUCUUGUUACUUUCCAUGUUAUUUAAUUUAAUGGUCAAGAGAAAAAUAGAAUUAUUUUUUUAUUGGAGGGCUCCCCUAACUUCUGUAAAAUCGAAGUGUCCAUUUAAGAAGCAAUUUGUGUUUUUUCAUAGAAAUAUUCAGUUGUAGAGAAACAAAUGUUUCAGUGCUAAAAUUAUAUAAUAAGGAAAUGGUUUUUUUUCCAUACAAAAAAAAAAAGGUAUGGUGUUUAUGAUUUACUAUGCCUAAUGGUAGGGGAUUUGCCAACUCUGUAAUUUGGUAAACUUUGUAAACAUGUGUUCGGUGUUUCAUAGUACCACUGGGAAAUGUCAUUACUGUAUCAAAUUGGAACAGUUGCUCUGUUGUAGAAUUGAAUGAGCAUUCUCGGUAAUGGCCAAAGCUGCAGCUAAGAAAUACCUGCCACUAAUAUAUGGAACUGUUACAGUUUAAAGCUUUGCCAUCUAAGCUAAUAGAACUGCCACUGGGAAAAAAUAAAUUGGCAUAAAAAUUGUAUUUAAUAACAAUGGUAAAAAAAAAAAAAUGGAAAUCAGUUAAAAGUUAAAGUAUGAAAACCACAGGUUUAAUAAUGGGGAACUACUCCUUUAAAAUCCCAUGCCUGCUGUUAAUUGCUCCCUAGCACCAUUGUACUCUACUCAAAGCUGAGCUGAUUUACUCUUUGGGCAGGGUCCACUACUUAUCAAAGAAGCUGCUAUGUAUUUUCCUUUGGUGGCCAUUUUUUUUUUUAAAUACAGACAUAGAAGAUAAGCCUAUGCCAAAAUCUUACAACUUGCUUGUUAAAUGGCCAGGUCUUCCCUGGAAACAUAUUUAUUUCUUAAAGGUCUGAUUUCUUCCAUGUGCAAUAUGUUCAUUCUAGUGCUUCUGUGCCAUGCUAGGUUAUAUAUUUAUGCUAGUAUAUGUAGGCGGAAUGAAUAUAUUUAGAUUCUGAAUUUACUAUCUUCUCAGCAAUAGUGUGGGGUUUCCCCACCACAUAGUAACAGCGUAAAAGAACUCCUAGGAUUCUUCCCUUUGCUACCAAGUAGCAUUACACUUUUGUACUGCAAAAUAUAUAUAGAUCUAUAUUUUCCAAAAUCCUUCAUAACACCAGCAUACUCUUACUGUAGAGCACGGAUCAAAGCAUUAGCCAAUAUUUUUUAUUGUAGCCUUCAAAAAAGGGAAACUAUUGCAACAUGCCGUUGCAGCUUUAAUCAUCUCUAUGCAGCAAAAGUUAUCUAGAUAUAUGCAGGAAGCUUGCGUCUGUUUUGGAGCUUAACAUCUGUGUGCGUUCCCAUCAGACAAUAAGGCACGUUAAGAAACAUAAUUUAGCCAGUCAGAGGUAAAGGCAUGCAGUUAAAAAAUUGUUCUUGUUGCUCAAAUGUAAGAAAUUAAAAUCUAAAUCUUUUCUGACGCACUGUCAAAGGGAAAGUUUACCUUUAUAUUAUCUUUACUAUAAGCACUGGUGUAACUAUGGAGGAAGCAGACCCCACAGUUGCAGGGGGAUGUGGGAGACAGGGGGGUCUGGAUUGGGGGGUCUGCUUCCUCCAAAGUUAAGAAAAACCCCCGUUCCACAGCUGCUCUCCUACAUCUGCGGGGGUGGCGGGGUGGAGUAAUGGAGGGUUUGCUUUGCACGCCUUAUAGUUAUGCCACAGGUUAUUAGCAACUUUUUAAUUGGUCUCCAGUAUCUUUUUUUUUUUCUUUUUUAAUUAUUAGCCUUUCUAUUCUGCCUCUUUCAGCAUGCACCUGUAAAUGCCCCCCCCCCCCCAACCCCACUCUGUAAUUGGCCCUGUCAAAGUUCAAACUCAAGCUUCUAAACAAAAAAAAGGUAAAUAAUUAAGAAAAAAAUGACCAAUUGCAAGUAUACUACUACUGUCUUUAUCAUAUAAAGUUCAUCGAAGGGGUGAACUAUCCCUUUAAAACAAAAACUAUUAUAAUCAAUAAGAUUAUUCUUAAAUAUUUCACAUGUUGAACUGUCAGGAGGUCAGUGGAUAGUAAUGAGCCUUCACCUACAGCCUGCAAUACCCCCAGAUUUUCUAUUAGAGCCUUUCCAUUUUGCUUACGAUUAACGCUCCAUAAAUAUAUAACAAUCUCAGGAACCAGGUGUUCUCCAGGUUUUAGGAAUCUAGCGGGACAACGUCAGGCUGCCUGUAUUUUGCAGUAAAACAGGCGCACAGGGGUGCUACUCUCUGCCUUGGCUUCUGCUCUUUUCCCUUUGCCUCAGAACACCACAGCCGUUAUCAUUUUUAGUGACAGAGAGAAGGAGCUACAUUUCCCAUCUGGCCUAAUUCUGUCAUUGGUUAAGGGCAACAUUGAUAUUUGGAAUAAAAUGUUGCCGAGUCUCCUGCUACCUGCAAAACAUUUUCAUGCUUUAAACCAUAAGUUUGGUCUUAAGGUGCUAGAUAACUUUUGUACAUCUUUAACAGGUAAUUAUUUAUAUGAAAAGAAGGCGUAUUUCUUCAGGUCUCUUCUAAACAGAUUCAUAUUUUUUUGUCUUUUUCAAAAAGGUCACAUGAAUGAAUCAAACAUGCCAUCGAGUUGCUAGCUAGGUUGGGAGAAUAUGGUGAUAUAUUACCUCGGUUAGACAAAAUUUAUUCUUAGGUUGAAACUAUUUAUUUUUUGCUAAGUUAUAUUAUUCCUUAAUCUCUUACAGAAUGCUAUUUUCUUUAGUAAUUUGUUUUGUUUUUUUUUUUUUGUAACUAUAUUGAAUAUAAUAAUGGUAUUUGUAAAGAACUUUAAAAAUAAAAGUUGAAAAUCAUAAUUAUUCAA